UAAAAAAUCAUCAAAUUGAAACCCUUCGCCUCUUCAAUUCCUUCUUCAACUUGACCAUUUUUUUUCUUUAGAAAAUAUUACACAUAUAAUGUGUCCAGCAAUGCAUUUGUUGGCUGUUGAAAAAACUAAGGAAAAGGAGGAGCAAAUUGAAAGUAGAUAUCAAAAAGGAGUUAGGCAUUUAUGUGAAAGUGGGAUCACUAGAAUUCCCAAAAAGUAUGUAUUGCCAGUUUCAGAUAGGCCCCUAAUUGUGAAAAAAGAAGAAAAAAGUGAUGAAAAUCUCAACUUGCCCAUUAUUGAUUUUGCUCAACUUCAAGGCCCCAACAGAUCCCAAGUUCUCAAAUCCCUUGCCAAAGCUUGUGAAGAGUAUGGAUUUUUCCAGUUGGUAAAUCAUGGUAUACCUAGUGACAUAAUUCAGCACAUAAUUGAAGUGGGCAAACUAUUUUUUGAACUUCCCUUUGAAGAAAGGGCAAAGUACAUGUCUACUGCUAUGGAAGCACCAGUACGACUUGGCACAAGCUUUAAUCAAAACAAAGAUGGAGUAUUUUGUUGGAGGGAUUUUCUCAAGCUCAGUUGUCAUUCUUUAUCAAGUGAUAUGCUCUCACUUUGGCCCUCUUCUCCAGUAGAUCUCAGGGAGGCAGCUGCAAAUUAUUCGAAGCAAGCAAAGUUCUUGUACCAAUUGCUAAUAGGAGCAAUUCUUGAAAGCUUGGGAAUAGUGAAUGAAAACAAUGAUAGUAAUAAUUUGAAAGAGUUUGAGGAUGGGAGCCAACUCUUAGUAUUGAAUUGCUAUCCUUCUUGCCCAGAGCCAGAUUUAACACUUGGGAUGCCACCACAUUCAGACUAUGGCUUACUCACACUUCUCUUACAAGAUGAAGUGAAGGGCUUACAAAUACAGCAUAAAGAAAGAUGGUUAACAGUUGAGCCAAUUCCUAACUCCUUUGUGGUAAAUGUUGGGGACCAUCUUGAGAUAUUCAGCAACGGAAGGUACAAAAGUGUGCUACAUAGGGUACUUGUAAAUUCUUCAAAAUCAAGAAUCUCAGUUGCUUCACUACACAGCCUGCCUUAUAGCUGCAAGAUUCAGCCUUCUCCAAAGCUCAUCAAUGAAUCCAACCCAAAACUCUACAAGGACACAGAUUUUGCCAAUUUUCUUGAAUAUCUUUCGUCUUGUGAACAUAAGAGCAAGAGUUUCUUGGAAUCUAGAAAAUUGACUAAUCAAAAAGGAAACCAUGUUAUUUAGUAAGGCUAUUCGUAUAGUUAUUAUUACGUUAAUCAAAGAUUAUUUUGUGUAUUUUAGCAAUAGUGGUUAUUUGUUAUCUCAAAAGAGAUAAAAACAUAACAAAAAAGAAGUUAAUUAUUUGCGAAAGGAGCAUAGGCGGUUGUAUUGUAGUUCUAUCGAGCUGAUUGGCACUAUUGUAUGGCUGAUAGAUAAUUACUACAAUUUUCGUGUGUA